AUGGACGUAUCUGUGCCGCUGCUUUGGAUUUUAUAUAUCUGUCUAGGUUUUGUACAUGGGGACUCCGAUUCAAAUUACAAAGAAAAUACCAUACCAGUUGACAUAACUUACAAUCAUCGGACGACAGACAGAGAUUUCGUGAACGUGAAAGUGACGCCACAAACUGGAAGUGACGUCAUAUCUCUGCGUCUGUCCCGCGUCAAGCGAAAUAUACUGUCCCCAUCAUUACUGGUAGUAACACAAGACGGGCUCGUGGAAGAUAUAUUAAACAGCGACUCAAUGCAGCUUACAAAAGACAAAACGUUCUACAAAGACAAAGAAAACACAUCAGCUUUUAGUAUUGAUUGGAAUGAUGGACAGAUAAACAAAGUGCAAGGGCACUUUGUUAAAGAUGGUUUCCUUCAUUCUGUUAUAUCAAAUAAUGAGAGUGUCGAAGGUCAGGAGUCAACAAGGUCAAAGGGGUCACCAAGGUCAUCAGAUGGGGUCGGAGGUCAUGUUGCUCUUCCUCAUUCAAUGUCAAAGUUUACAAUGCCAAUCAACCUUACCGGUGACACGAUAUACUUCAAUGAGUCGACCAUUUAUACCAAACAGAGCAGAAGGAGAAGGCAAACAGAGGACCCACAACAGCUGUAUGUGGAAUAUGUAGCUGUGACGGAUUUCAAGAACUACCUUAAAUGGAAGGCAGAUCUCAAUGCACUGAACAUGACGGCCGCAGAAAAAGAUUUGACAACAAAAUACAACAUGCUGGAGUUCUAUCAACACGUUGUUCAUGGUAUAGAUGUUAUCUUCAAGACACUUUCUAGUCAGGACCUGCAAGUGGAGAUUGUACUUACCGGCCUCGUUAUUUGCAAUGAAUCGGAUAUCUGCCCUUGGUCCGAGAAAAACACAAUCUGUCCCGACUGUGAUACUGUAGACGACAAAGAAUGUCUGUAUGAUUUUUCAAAAUGGAGACGAAAUGUACUCACGAAUCUGUUGGAUCACGACCAUGCAGCACUUUUCACGGGGUACGAUUUGUACUAUACUUUGAUACAGUCGAAGAAGACGGUUGGACUGGCAUAUAUGAGCAACAUGUGUCAAAAUGGAUCGGUGUCUUUGGUUGAGGAAAGAAGAAAUGCUUUAUCCAUACAUAUUGCUGCACACGAGCUGGGUCACAGACAGUCUCCAUCUGCAAGUCAAACUACUCCUAAACGUCACCCCUCUACGACCACACACCAAACUAUGCCCACACGCCACCACAAUAUGUCCACACAUCCCAAAACCACUAAUUAUACGUCAUCAAAACCAACAUCAACGAAUGCAGGAUUUGCACCAACUGAUACUGGAGCAGCAUCAACUUCAACUUUGAAACCUAUAAUCUCAAAAUCUACAACUUCAGAUCCAUCUCAGAAUUCGACCUCGCUCAGUAAGUUCAACAUAUCGACAGAUACACCAAUGGAUUCCUCAACCAGUUCAACAGUUUCAAAUUCAACUGUUACAGUGAAUAGCAAUACUUCAACCAUCAAUUCAACUGGUGCAUUAGAAAUUUCAACAAAUAUGAAUUCACAUAUUCAGCAAACAACUCCUUCGUAUAAUGCAACUGAUAAUAUAUCAUAUUCAACAAAAUCAAGAUCUGUUACUUCAAUGCAGAAUUCAACUGUGCUCCCGGAUGGUGAUGAUAACGUUAUAGAUAAAUUGAAACCAACACCAAAAAUACCCAGUAAUAUUGGAACAAAAUUCACUACCAGAAUGUCUUUUGAUUCAACAACUGACAGGGCAGAUGCCAACUUGUUGAAUAAGGCAUCAAAUAUACAGGAUUCAAACUUUUUUCUCAUUGUUACUAGUUUCACACUUUUUCAUAAAUUUGUAUUGUUUUACACCUCAUAG